AUGGGAAAAGUAGUUGAGAGAUUUGGGUUUGUUCCUAUUUUUGUGGGUAUAAUAGCAAGCUUUUGUUUAUUAGAAGCAAAUGCUGAAGUAGUCACCAACAGUACAAAAAAGAAGAGUUGUGAUUUAUUUGAAGGAAGUUGGAUAUUUGAUAAUUCCUAUCCUUUGUAUAAUUCAACAGCUUGUCCAUUCAUAAGGAAGGAAUUUGACUGCAUCAAAUUUGGCAAACCUAAUCUUGAAUACCUUAAAUAUAGAUGGCAGCCCAAGGGCUGUGUCUUGCCCAGAUUUGAUGGUAAAAACUUCUUGAGAAGAUUCAGAGGAAAGAAGAUAAUGUAUAUCGGGGAUUCUUUAAGUCUAAACAACUUUGAAUCACUUCUGUGCUUGCUUCAUGCUGCAGUCCCGAACUCCAAAUUCAAGCAAGAGAUUAAAAAACAAACUGUUACCGUCACAUUUGAGGAUUAUGGAGUUGAAGUCAUACUAUUUCAUUCAAAUUACUUGGUAGAUAUUGAAGUGCAACCCAAUGUUGGACGAGUAUUAAAACUCAAUUCAAUGAAAUAUGGACGAAUUUGGAAAAAUGCUGACGUCUUGAUCUUCAAUACUUGGCUUUGGUAUCCACGAUCCGAUUCUAAACAACCAUGGGAUUUUGUUGAAAAUAAUGGGAGGAUAUCGAAAGACAUGGACCGAGUUGCAGCUUUUCGUGUAGGUCUAAAUACAUGGGCUAAAUGGGUUGAUACAGAUGUUGAUACAAAGAAAACCAAAGUUUUUUUCCAAGGAGUAGCUGCCAUGCAUUACCAUGGAUCUGAAUGGGGUGAGCCAAAAGUGAAGAAUUGUUUCAACGAAACAACACCAGUAAAAGGAUCAACAUAUCCAAGUGGCUUACCAAUUCCUGUAAAUAUAGUGAAACAAGUUCUAAGGAAGAUGUCAAAGCCAGUAUAUUUACUUGAUAUAACUAAACUUACACAGCUAAGAAAAGAUGGGCAUCCCAGUAUAUACAAUGGUUUACAUGGAUUUGAUUGUACACAUUGGUGCAUUGGUGGAGUUCCUGAUACUUGGAAUCAAAUUCUAUAUGCAUCUCUCCUCCCCAAUUCUCCCAAACACUCUAUGUAAUUUAUAUGUAAGCACAUUCAAUUGUUAUUAGAAAAACACCAUGUUUAACUAUUUUAUGA